AUGGGCUUCAUAAGCUCAAAAACUGAUGUGUCUCUAUUCAUAUUUAAUUCUGAUGGAGUUCUGAUUUUCAUACUUAUCUACGUCGAUAAUAUUAUCAUUACUGAGAACAAUCCUUUAUUUCUUGAAUCCGUCAUCUCUAAAUUAGGUACUGAAUUCGCCAUUAGAGACCUUAGACCUAUAUCAUUCUUUCUAGGAAUUCAAGUGACCCACCAUUCUACUGGUAUAUUGUUGUCUCAAGAACGUUAUGCCUCUGAUAUACUAACAAGAGCUGGAAUGCAAGCUUGCAAACUGCUACCUUCUCCCAUGUCUACUUCCACCAAGCUUCACAUUGGUGAUAGCGCCUCUUUCUAUAAACCUACUCUCUAUCGACAAAUCGUAGGGGCACUACAGUACUUGACACUUACACAACCUGAUCUCUCCUUCUCUGUU